CUGCAAAACUCCAAUCGCCACUACACUAGCCCUGCAUGCUUGCACGGAGGCUUCAGCAAAUUUCGAAUAAACAGAGCUAAAUCCGAGUCAAAGUCAACGCCCAUUGUGCUAGAAAAAGUGUUAUUUCGAAGCACGAUACUGGCACGAAGCCAAACUUAAAACAGAAAUGGCGUUAGAAGCAGGCUGUGAUGAAGUUGAUGCAAGGUUGUCUGUUCAUCAGCUUGAUGAAAUCAUGAUGGCGGACCUCACUGUUAAAGACUCCACUGGGCGAAAAUGUACCUUCCAUGAGAAGGAAGCAAGGGAGCAUGAAGGCUGUCAUUUGGGUGGAGGCUCUUUUGGGGAGGUCUACAAGGCUGUACAUAAAGUACAUGGUGAUGUAGCUGUGAAGCUUGCUAAACCUGGUAAAGAAGAUCAAGUGGUGCUGAUGUACCAAAAAGAGGCUGGAAAGCAUGUGCUUUCGCUCACAUCUAACCACAUCGUCUCCAUCAAAGGGUUUGUGCAGUGUGAAAAAGCUGCAUGCGACUGUGGUUGCCUUAUUGGUAUUGUCAUGGAAUACAUGAAGCAUGGAUCUCUCUGGGACUUCCGCAUUAGUAAAUGGCAAGAUCGCCCUGAUCUCUGGCCUCUGACCAAUAGGAUGGUCCAUCAAAUUUCGUCUGGAAUGCAUUUUCUCCACUCCAAGGAUAUCAUCCACCGUGAUCUCAAGCUGGAGAAUGUUCUAGUAGAUGGUAAUCUUAAUGUCAAGGUUGCAGAUCUUGGCCUUGCAACCAAUCUCCAAACUUCAUUUGGUGAUGAGCGUUGUGGCACGAACAGUCACAAGCCUCCAGAAGCUUUUAGGACAGACUUACCCAACUCAACUAAGGUUGUUACUCCAGAGUAUGAUGUCUACAGCUUUGCGAUGACUCUCUAUGAACUUCUGACAGGUAUUCACCCAUACUCUGACAGAGGAUUUUUCAUGAUGAUGCUAUUGAAAGUAGAUUCAAAACAAUCUCCCUGUCUGCAACCUGUUCCAGCAAACACUCCUGAAGAUCUGAUAAGAGUUAUGGAAGAGUCAUGGAGCUAUGAACCAAAUGAUCGUCCAAAUUUCAGAGAAAUUACAGAUUUGGUAGCGAAUCUUGAUACUGAUCCAACUCAUGAAUCACUUGGAUAUUAUUUAGGAGAGCAAAGGUCUUCCAAGAAAGAAGGAAGUGCAGACAAAGAAUCUAAGAGAAGAGGAAUGGAAAACGUCACUGAACAGGAUCAAGCCCCAUCCAGACAUCACAGUAACACUAAUGCAGCAGUACAUGAUACUCAAACUGCGAUAGACAAUGAAUCUGUGAGAAUGGAAGGCUUAACCCUGAAUGAUCCAACCCUUGUUGACCAGAGAAAUGGCAAUAGAGCAAAACCUAUCACUGAAACAGUGACACUACAUCAGAUGGAAGGUCAAGAAAGUCAUCCCCCUCACCUUGGUCAAGAUAAUGUUGUUGCUCAGCCUGAGAUACAGCAUAGUCAACCAUCAUCUCAAGAGUCUUCUAAGCCUUCAAGCUAUGGACAAUUGAAAAGUCAGACAUCUGGGUCACAAUAUGGAUGCCAUGAUAAUAACUUCCAGCCAACAGUGGAAGCAGAACAGUUGAUGGAGUUCACAGGUUUUGUUAGUGCUUCUACCGAAAAUUCACCUGGCCCAAGUGUAAGCCAACCUUUACAGUCCUACAGGGAAGACAACAAACCAGUUCCAGUUGAAAGCUCACAUGGGAACACUGAAUAUGCUGUGGGACACAUGGCAGGAGGACCUAUCCAUCAAGAGAGUCUUGUGGUGGCCGCAUCUCGGCCUAUCUCUACUGAGAGUCCUGGAGUGGUCCCAGCCCAGCCUAGCUCUACAGAGAGUCCUGUUGAGGCCCCAUCUCAGCCUAGAUCUAUUGAGAGAGACCCAACUGUCAUCUUUGAUUCAUCGCAACCUAGUGAUGAAGAUUUUGAAAUUAAGGUGAAGGUGAGACUCAACAUACAACCUCGGGCUUCGAUGGCAUCGAAACUGGACCAAAUCUUCAUCUGUCUGGAAAGGUGCAAGCAUCGUGACUAUUGGGACAGCAACAGCUCCCUUUCUACAAUGUUCUCAUUUAGUGAUAUCACACUGAAGUCACUCCAGCUCCCUGCUACAGUUGACGACGAUGACUUUACUCUCUACUUUCGUGUUUGCAACAAGAGAGAUCUUGAUAAGCUUCAUGAAUUAUCAGAGAAGGGUCGUCUGCGGCAAAGCUUGUAUGGUUUCUUUGUUGAUGUUCAUCUGAAGGAAGUAUGCCUUCCUGGCGAACCAGAUCUUAAAGUAGAGUCAUGGGAGGAGCAGUUCAACAAAGGCACGGCACACUUUCAAAAGAAGGAAAAGGCUAAUGAGAGCAAGUCAGACAGUGAAAGCAGUGAAUCCAGACAAAAGCCACCAAACGAGAUCAGAUCAGGAGCUUCUUUCACUCAGACCAACUGCAGUGGAGCUACACAGAUUAAUACAGGAAAAGUUAGAAUUACUAUGAAUUCGGCACCAAAGAAUAUGGUAAUUGGAGACCAGUACAACUACUACAAUCACUAUCGUGGUUCUAGAGGGGCAGGAGAAGGAGCAGGGGGUCAUUCUUCCGGUCGCCAGCCUCAAAAGAAGAAGCAAGGGGAGACGAAGCUUUGCGAAUCCAGAGAGAAAGUUAGUCAACAAACACUACUAGAUAUUGAGCAACUCAUCCCAGGAAAUGAUGUGAAAUCUCUUGGACGUCAUCUAGGAUUGAAUCCUGUGCAAGUUGAGAAUAUAAUGUAUGAGAACAGAUAUGAGAGAAGCAGUGAGACUGCUUACAAAGUUUUACUGGAGUGGUUACAGCAGAAAGGUCGACAAGCCACCAAGGCGGUUCUAGCUAAUGCGUUAUGGAAAGCCAACUGCUAUGAGGCUGCGAAAAGUGUUCAUUGAUAGAAAGUUGUUUGUUGUGCAAGUUAUGCUUGAAUAAUCAAGGAACAUGCAGCGAGGUCUUAAAGUUCAUGUCAAAUGUAGCUAUUGUUGGCAUCAUGUUUAACAUAGCAGAAGCAUACGAACUAAAGAAUAGAUAAGCCACAAUCAUGUAUGAUGUGUGUUAUGUAUUUUACAAUGUACUAGCCAUUAAAAUUAUUUGUGAUCCUCCUAUAAGGGGAUUCCACCCAUGUACAGUACUAAAGGAAAGGUUGAUAAUUGUAUUCAAGUUUGAUAUAAACCACCAGAAAGAAGCCAUUACAUGAAAAUGCCUUAAUUAUAAGAUGUGACCUUUCUUAUUAUUUUGUAAAGAUUGUAUCAUCUCUUCUUACCGUAAUACAUUAUCAAUGUAAAUACAGACUGUGAUGUUCCUAAAUUCAUAUUGAAUUAUUAAAUAAUAAAUACUUUCUAUUUGGAAGAACUCUGUUCUAUGUUGAUAUCGUCAGUUAAGAGAACCAAAAGCUGGAUACUAAAUCAUGAAGCAUGAGUUUCAUUUUAUUGAAAAUUUGUAUGUAUAUCACUCUCUGCACUGAUGGUAUGCCUACAAGUUUUGUAGUUGAAAGAGGACUUUUGUAAUAUACCUUUGAUGAUGAUUAACGAAUUUGCAUGUAAUACUGGAUAAAACCAUAUUAAAGUUUAUUAAAACAUUAAUUGCAGAAGUGUACUUAUAUAACUAGAUACAGCCUUAUUAAUGUAUAGGUAAUGUACAGAAGCUUAAUUACUCCUGAAAUAUGAACAGUAUGGCACAGUGAGAGAUUUGCCAAACCCUUACGUAAAAAGGGUACCAGUUCUAACUCCAAAUUAAUCAGAGUCACAAGAGAUAGACUAAGCCUUGCAAAAUGAGUUGAUUAAUUGGUCUGAAAUAUUGUAAUUUUUAGGGGCAGACUAUUUUGGUCAGUCAGAGUUUAAACACAUAAGUCAGAAAACUUAUAUGAUAGCAAAAGAGCAUGGCUAUAGUGACCUUGAAAUUUGGAGAGGCAGCCUUUGUGGUUGUAGAGAUGUUUGAAAUCACCAUGCCGGCCUUCCACCCUACACCUACCCAAAGUAUGAAGUGAACAUAGAUGUACACCAGUUUACCAGUGUGAAUUUUCCCAAAUCUGUGAUUAUAGGCCUACCUAUAUGAUUUACUGAAAAUUUAUGCCCCUUCUAAUCCAUAGACAGAACUACAAAGAUCUACAAAUUAUUUUGAGGAUGAGCUCCCAGCAUAUUGUACAUUAUCUUUGACAUGCAUGAAUUUGAUGGUUUAGGAAGAUUAUGACAUUGAUUCAGUUACAUUAGGAUGACCUGACAAAGAAGUAAAUCUUGUAGAUUUAAUCAAUUUUGUACUUACUUUCCGAGAUUAGACUAGGGGGAUUGAAAUUAUGUGAUACCUCUUUUAGAUUUAAACAUUUUACUAUACAUGUGUGUAUAUAGCAAUAAGAAAUAUACAUUGGUGAUAAUGCAUCUGACUUGGUCUUUAUGUUAUCAUAAACUUAUGAUAUUUGCAUCAACCUUGAUUAUAAUAUAUAUUUUAUCAUUUGAGCAAAGCUCAUUAGUGUGGCUUUUAAUUGUUGUUAUUUGCAAUUGUUUUAUUGACGUACGUCUUAUAAGAUAAAAUAUCACUCUUGUAUUUUUAUUAUGACAUAGUCAAGGUUGCGCGAUCAAUAGCUCAGUCAGUAGAGCAGUCUCGUAAUCUGGUGACCCGGGUCCGAAACCAAGGCGAUGCACUAGUGCCCUUUGGUAAGGCAUUAAUCCUCAUUACCAGGUCCCUCGGAGAGGACCUAAAGUCAUCGGUCGUCUGGUUGCUUACUUACAAGCAUUUAUGUUUUCUUAGCAGUCAGGUACAAUAACCAUCACAUCCAUAUUAUCAUGGCUGAUGAAAAGUUCUAAAAUUUGUGUUGCAUCAGUCAAGCCUUUAAAUAUGCAUACGACUGCUAGUUAUAAAGCUAUGAUACAUGGUAGUAAACAAAAUGCAGUUAUUACUGAUUCUCAUAGGUAUUCAGAACAUAUGAAUACAUUUACAAAGCAGAAUUCAUUGAGUAAUCCUGUAAUGUGUCAAAUCCAUCAGGCAACCAAGUUUUCUAGAUUGUUUUAUGUCAUUUGGUUUUCCAUUUCGAUAGUAACUGUAAAUUGUUUCGUGGAUGAAAAUAUGAUAUUGCACAUCUCACGGCAGUUAUUAAUAUGUUAAGAAUUAGUCGGUCUAAGAUUUGAUAUAUUACUUGUUAAGCUUAUGAGCUCUAAAACCUGGUUCACACACGAUGCAGUUAACGGCAUCGAAACACUCAUCAUACCAAUCAUAUGCAUAUAAAACGCUUCUAUUUUGCUGCAGCAUGUCUUUUUUUUUUCUUUCUUUUUUUGGUGUGCAGUUAAAUGCAUCAUGUCUGAAUGAGGCUACCAAUCAGGAUACAUAUACAGACUUAAUGCAAAGCUGAUACUGAAUGUAAUUCAGGUAACCAUGCAACUGAAAAUCAUCAGAUUAAUUUGUACAUAUAUAAUCAAUAAUUUAUCUUUUGAUCUGAUAUAAAUUGUAUGUCUAAGUCAUCAGAAUCUUCAACAAAAAAAUGUAUGUCAUUGCAUUAUGAAUGCAUUGAAAUGAUAUCAUCACAUUGUAAAAAACGUAAUAUUUUGAUGAAUAAUUAGCAAAGCCGUAUAUUUGCAAAAUGUACUUAUAUAUUUUGAUUUUAUGACAUUAUGUAAUAAAGAUAUAAGCAAACAAAUUUA